UGUAUUGGUUUACAAGUAAAUUUAUGUGUUCAUUUAUUUAUCAAGCGUUAUAUAUAUCAAUAAUUUACCACCAAUUUUGCUAGCUAGGAUUCGUGACCGUGUUUACUUACUCUUCUACUCAGUCUUGGAAAGAAAACUAAAAAAAAAAGAAUUUAGUCUAUAGGUUAGACAAUCAUGGCGAGCACGUCGAGAAUCGAAGCGAACAAGGUGGUUUGUUAUGCCCAUCCCGAUGCACCACUUAUCGAGGACUACAGGGCUGGGGACAUGAUAUGUUCAGAAUGCGGAUUGGUCGUCGGCGACAGGGUAAUAGAUGUAGGCUCAGAAUGGCGUACGUUUAGCAACGAGAAGUCCGGUGUUGACCCGUCUCGUGUGGGUGGGCCAGAAAACCCAUUGUUGUCUGGAGGCGAUCUUUCCACAAUAAUCGGUCCUGGUCGGGGAGAUGCAUCUUUUGACAGUUUUGGGGUAUCCAAAUACCAGAACAGGAGAAACAUAAGCAGCACAGACAGAGCCUUAAUAAAUGCAUUCCGGGAGAUAAAUACGAUGGCUGACAGAAUAAAUCUGCCAAAGACUAUUGUGGACAGAGCUAAUAAUUUGUUCAAACAGGUACAUGAUGGUAAAAACUUAAAAGGCAGAGCAAACGACGCGAUAGCUUCAGCGUGUCUAUACAUCGCCUGUCGACAGGAAGGUGUGCCCCGAACCUUCAAAGAGAUCUGUGCGGUCAGCAAAAUCAGCAAGAAAGAAAUCGGACGGUGUUUCAAAUUAAUCCUAAAGGCUCUAGAAACUUCCGUGGAUCUCAUAACAACAGCAGAUUUCAUGUCUCGGUUCUGUUCAAAUCUGGGGCUGCCAAAUUCUGUGCAGAGGGCGGCUACACAUAUAGCGAGGAAAGCCGGCGAGCUGGACAUUGUGUCGGGACGCAGUCCUAUUUCAGUCGCCGCUGCCGCUAUUUAUAUGGCAUCUCAGGCAUCGGAAGACAAGCGCAGUCAGAAGGAGAUCGGCGACAUCGCGGGCGUGGCUGACGUCACGAUCCGGCAGUCCUACAAACUGAUGCAUCCGUUCGCCGCAAAACUGUUCCCUGAAGACUUCAAGUUUGCCACACCUAUAGAGUUCCUGCCGGUUAUGUAAAAGGUUUUCUUAAUGUGAAAUGUCAGAUUUAUGAGCAUUGAUAAGUAUAUUUAAAUUUUUUUGCUGAGUUGCGAGCUAAUAUAGCUAAUAUAAAACGUAAGAAGCAAAGACAUUUUGACUUUAAUUGUAUUGCAAUUUGCAUGUUUUCUAUUUGUUGUCAUCAGCGGAAACUAAAUCUGAUUUUGCAACAACUUUGAUUCCAAUUUACAAAGCUUUAGUUGGGCCAGUAGAAGGAUACCAUAAAAAAAAUUGGUUACAAAAUCAAAUACAUAUAUUUAUAUACGUUUAUUGUGAACACAAACACAGGUAAAACUGAGACGAUUUAUGAUCUCAAUCAGGGCGGAUUUUUUAAUUUUGAACAAAGAUACUUCUUUGCAAGGAUCUCUUUUCACUUCUCGUUUCUCAGAAAUUACCAAAAAAAACCAUUGUCUGUGAAAAAAGGCUAUCCUGUUGGUCUUUUUAUACCACAAAAUAAGUCUUGAAAUUAUUUUUGGGCUAGUUCAGUCCAUGAAAUUUGUCGCGUAGGUUUAUAUUUUAUUUGAAAAUACUAAUUUAAAAAAAGAAAUCAUUAAUUUGUGAGAAAGAAUAAAUCAACAAUAAUGAAAAAUCACAUGGAUUUUUGGAAAGAAGUGCAUCACAUACUUGUAUAUGCAGUAAACUUUUAUGUAUCAGGUUUUUCUCAUUUAUAUCAUCAAAUUUAAUUGAGAUAUCAAGGGGUUAUUUGUUUAUUUAAACUUACUUAGAUUUAAGUAUUAACUUUGUGGGUAAUUUAGAAUUAAAAUGUUACGACGAACCAUAGGUACAUGUCUAGAGUUAUUGUGAUUUAUUAUGUAAUUAAUUGAUGGCCUUAUUUAGAGACACAUAGAGAGCAGUUGGGCGUUAUUGGAAAACUUUAUAUGCGUUACAAAAAUAAUAGCUUUUAAAGAAAGUUACAAGAAUAAAGCUAUUCAGAGGGGCACUAAUGUGUUAUAAUCUUUAGUUUAUUCUCAGUGUGACAUUUUUACUUCCAGUAAAAAAUGUCCAAAUGAUAGAUUCCUUGAAGAAAUAUAGAUACUAGUAUAAUGUUAAUUUCUUA